AUGAAAUUAUUACUGGUUUUGUGUUUCUUUGCAUUCGCCACGUUUUGCUUUGCUUAUCCACAGCAACAUUUGCCAGGUUGCAUCUAUAUUGAAGAAAAAUGCUCUGAAGAAUGCGAAGAAGGAACGCAUGAUUACACACCAGAAUGUGGCCCUAUAACGCCAGAAGCGACUUGUGACGAGCCACAUCCUAAGACCGGUGAUGUGACUUCUUUAAACACUGGACGGACUUAUGGCCAUAACUCUCUCGCCCGUUGCCUUAACCGAGACUUACGGUCAUCGUAA